GUUUUGUAUCUAUUCCUUGACAUCCCCAUUUUGGCUCACUGACUGCUCCCGUGGUAGUCUCACCUCCUGCGUUAUUUCUUUUUUACCCCACACAUGUACUUGAUCAAAUUUGCACGACCCCAAAUAAAUUGUUCUUUCUGUACGCAUUUAAGUAAUAUUAGACAACUCUCAGUCUCACCAGAUUAGCUUUUUUUCCUUCUCUUCUUCCAAACCGACUACAGCCUACUUACAACGCGAAAAAAUAAAAAUGCCAACCGCGAACUAUCACUCCCCGCCAAUGGGAGGUAAUUCUAAUUAUGCGAACAUAGAGGAGCAACCGUCGGCGACCGAGCGCGCCCGACUGCUGGAGUUUGCGGAGCAGGCAAAGGAGGGCAAGGCGAACGCGGAGGACAAGAAGUCCUCGGCCCCCGACGUGGACAACGAGUCCUGGCUUGCGGAACAGGUGCAGAGGCGCCCGGUGUUGAUGACGAUCUUUUGGAUAGGCCUGAUGCUCUGCUGCAGUGCCGGCUUAAUUUCGUACAACAAGUACCUGAUUCACGGCCCUUUUCCGUUUGCCAUCGCGCUGACCUGCUGGCACAUGGUCUGCUGCACGCUGUUCGCCUGGGCACUGUACGCAGUGAAGCCAUCCUACUUCCCCACAGCGCAGGUGAUCCGCGCCGGCACCGCCCAACAGGCGCGGGAAUAUUUGUACUUCAUGAUCCCGCUCGCUAUAUGCUUCAGCUGCGGCGUGGUGUUGUCCAACGUCGCCUACAAGUACGCGACCAUCCCCUUCCUGCAAAUGAUGAAGGAGCUCAACGUGGUCAUCGUCUACUGCAUGUCGCUCUGCGUCGGCAUGGAAAUGUAUUUUUUUUUCGAGAUGAAGCCCAUUUUGAUUUUGUCUCAUUUCUGUUGUACCUGUGGGACAAUGUAAAUACAUAAGUGUUUGUGCUUGCAGUUGCCGGAGCGUCGGUCGUACUUUCAAAAUGUGCAAAAGCAACAUAUUGAAAUACGUAUCAUGUGUAUCACCACAAGCCGGUGCGAUGAAAAUAAAGAUGACACCCGAUCAUAUAUAAUCGAAAACUCAAUAAAACAGAUUCCAAUGUCGAUUGGUGUCGGUGUUGGCGGUCAUUGUGCUGGGGAGCUACUUUUCCAUCACCGGAGAGGCGAAAUUCGUUUUCCUGGGAUUCCUCGUGCAGGGUGGGUCCCAGUUUUUCGAGUGCACUCGGCUCGUUACCGUCAGCAAAGUGCUCUCCAACAACUCUUGGGGCAUCAAGCGCGUGGACCCGCUGUCGUUUCUUCUGCUGGUGUCUCCGGUGUCCUUCCUGCUCCUCUCCUUCGUCCUGGUUUUCACCUGGGAGACCGCGAUCGCCACUUCGUUUGUCGAGAACUGGCAGGCCCUGGUCGGCAACGGGCUCACAGCCUUGUUGCUCAACAUCGUCACCACGAUGAUGAUGAGUGCGUUUUCCGCCUUGACCUUCGUCGUCGCGGGCGUCAUGAAGGACUGCUGCAUCGUGGCCUGCGGAAUGCUCUUCUUUGGCGAAUCCAUCACCGCCAUGCAAGCCGGCGGGUUUGCUGUGCAGGUAGAACUAUGUUUUUAUAUGCACUUUUUUUGUUGUUGACUAGGAUCAGGAUGACUUCUUGUCAGGGUCGCGAGAGCGUGAGAUGAAACAACUUCUUGAUCUCUAUUCCAUGCUCUUCAUCCAUUACGUGCAGGUCACUGGGUGCGGACUGUAUUCCUACUUGAAAGCCAGCACUUCCCUGGCUGCAAUCGAGGACGCCAAAAAGAAAGAGGAGCUCGACCGCGAUUUUAACAGUUCCGAGGAAACUACACUUAGCAAAGGCGCACAGGAUUCCACUCUGACCGUGUCUACCGAUGACGACGCAGCGCGGCCCAGUUCGAAGCGCGCAGUCUCGUCUGCGUCAAGUUCAGCGUCCGAGCGCGGGGUAGUACGCUACAACCAUGAAGCGUUUCAGCGCGACGCAGACAAUUACGGAUCGACACCGUUGAGCCGGCGUGUCGUCACGGAGGUGUGAAUCUUCCUGUGCUGAAGCUUUGCCGCCGACACUCCGCAGAAUAUUCCUGUUCAACGAUAUCCGACCUUCGAGCAACAGGCUAAUUGCGAUUUCGAGAGCUGCAAGCAAUGUUUGUACGAAACUAGUACCCGCUCGUCCUUUUUCUGUACGCCCAGCUUGUCGACGUUCCGAAAUCGCAGCUACUCUGUUACUGCCCGAUAGAGUCAAUUGACAGUAGUAAGGUCCCCAAGCAAGAAUACAAACGAUUCUGUAGACGUCCAAAUAGAAGAGAAAGAAAAUAAUGCAAUUUGUGAGAGUAUGUACUUUGUACGUCACUCGUUGUACAGCCGCAGCCCAGCAGGAUCCCUUCCGCUUUGAUUUGUUUCGUUAUUGUAAAUCCACAUCAUUUGUACAUCUAAGCUGCAUUUAGCUGCCUAGCAGUACUACACGUUUCAUCUUUAUUGUACAUCAUUUUCCCCUUGAUUAGAAUUAGACUUUACAUUGCCAACGAGUAUGUGCACGAACGCAUGCUGCUGGUGUUUAAUGCAUGAGGACGAUAUCUCGUCUGUCUCUGCGUCUGACUCUGAUCUUCAAUCACAGUCGUUCAGAUUGUGAUUUGCGCUUGCAGAUAAGUGAAAUCGCCACACAACGCAUGCCGUAGAACAUGUUUCACUAUAUUCUAACGCUAACCCCGAAACGGGGACAGAGAAAGAAAGU